UGACCGAAACCUUGCUCUGUAAUUACCAGAUUAGCACACUGCACUAAUGACGCUAAUGAUUGUUGUAUAAAAGGAGAAGCUCGCCUUAACUCUGCGUUGACAUUGGCAUUGCUUCCUGGGUUCUGAAUUUUGUAGAGACAGAUCGCGAAAAACGCAGCGUUGUUUUUGACAAUGGCGACUUUGAAGGUUCCUGCUCAGAUUCCUUCUCCGGAAGACGACUCUGAGCAAUUGCGCAAAGCUUUUCAAGGAUGGGGAACGGACGAAGGACUUAUAGUAAAAAUCCUGUCUCAUAGAAAUUCAGCUCAGCGCGAGUUGAUUCGUGCAGCUUAUGCUUCAGCUCAUGGAGAGGAUCUUCUUACAUCGUUAGACAAAGAACUUUCAAGUGACUUUGAGCGGAUUGUGAUGUUAUGGACUUUGGGUCCUGCUGAGCGCGACGCCCUUUUAGCUCAUGAAGCCACCAAGAAAAAAGUGACUUCACCAAACAACUUUAUCCUUAUGGAAAUUGCUUGCACCAGAUCUCCACUUGAACUCUUUAAGACAAAGCAAGCAUAUCAAGCUCGUUACAAACGUUCCAUUGAAGAGGAUGUUGCUUACCAUACUUCUGGGGACUUUCGCAGGUUGUUGGUUCCUCUUGUGAGCACAUUCCGUUAUGUGGGGGAUGAUGUGAACACGACAUUGGCAAAAACUGAGGCUAAAAUACUUCAUGAGAAGAUUGCAGACAAGGCCUACGGUGAUGAGGAAUUAAUUAGGAUUUUGACAACAAGGAGUAAGACACAGUUAAAUGCAACACUAAAUCACUACAACAAUGAGUAUGGUAAUUCCAUAACCAAGGGGGCUCCGAUGAAAACCUAUUUGAAGUGUUUCUCUUUUCGAGUAAUAACAGAUGAUCCGGAUAAUGAAUACCUGAAAUUAUUGAGAUCAACGAUUAAGUGUUUUAUUUUCCCCGAGAAAUAUUUUGAGAAAGUUCUAAGGUUGGCAAUAAACAAGAUGGGAACCGAUGAAUGGGCCCUUACUAGAGUGGUAACAACCAGAGCUGAGGUUGAUUUGCAGCGAAUUGCAGAUGAAUACCAAAGAAGGAAUAGCGUUCCUCUGGACAUUGCAGUAUCCAACGAUACUUCUGGAGACUAUAAGGACAUGCUUCUUGCCCUGUUGGGACGUGAAGAGUAAGAGUUCCCUUCUCUGUUUAGCUGUCUUGGGAUUGCUGCUUAGGCUAUAAUAUGAUUCUCCUUUCAUCAUCAAUGCGACCUUCGAUGAGCUAAUGAGCAUCUCUGGACACUAUAUAAUGAUGCUUAAUGCUUAUAAUAGGCAUGUAUGAACCAUCUUGGUAUUUUACAAAUAAUAUGUCUUGAAUAUGAAA